AUGGGAAGAGAAAAGCUCCAUGAGCAGCCCUCCGGUCGUCUGAUUGAAUCCCUUAAAAUGGAGAGGGUUAGGAUCAUUCUGACUCAUGGAUACCCAUACCGACAUGAGCACUCGACACAUUUCAUCAUUAGGAAGACUAUCAAGCCAAACUAUUCAAACUUUAGUCGUUGGUACAUUGCAUGGAUAUUCUUGGCAGCAUUAUACCAUCUCCCUAGUUUUCAGUCAAUGGGGUUGGAUUUGAUGAUGAAUCAUUCCCUGCUCCUCGCUAUUUAUGUUUCCUCUCUAGUUUUCUUUAUCAUCUUCCGCGUCAUAUUUCUUGGACUCUGGUAUUUGGGUCUUGUUUCUCGCAUAGCAGAGAAACAGCAAGUGAUGCUUACUAUAAUCCAAAAUUGUGCAGUGAUAAGUACAGCUUGCUGCGUGUUCUACAGUCACUGUGGUAGCAGAACUCUUUCGAGGGACAAAUCCAUUGAUCGUAGAACUGCUAACUGGGUUGCAUUUUCUCUGUGGAGAAAGCAAAAUGAGGACAAUACACUGAUUUCAAAGCUAUUGCGUAUGCAUAAGUUUAAUGACCAGAUUUGCCCAUCCUGGUUUGCUCCGCUUCCAAUGGAUCCGAACACUCCAACAUCAUUUCACCUGUCUACUCUUUCUAGGCUAUAUUCAUUGGACUUUGCAUGGCUAAUUAUGUCGUGGAGUGGUCAACUGGAUGGGCUCUAA